UUGACGCAGUCCACGAAGAAGAGAAGCUACGCGGCCAAACACAAGCAGCUACCCGGACUGUCAAACGCACAGCUGAUCGAACAAAAACAAGCAGCGGACGAACCAAAAACGACAGACACACAGAUCUAGACAUUUAUCAACAAGAACCGGGACUAGAACGGUCGAUGUACAGCUAAGGUACAGCUAUGGUAAAUAACUCAAAUUGGCUCGUACACCGGCGUUAAAGGUAAACGCUGUUGAACGUAUGGCGCCAGGGUGCUCGUAACAACUCAUAUCUGUGCGUGUCCCGUCAAUUGUAAGGGAGGUAAUGUACGGUGCGGUUUACGUCCUGUCCACGGUGACGGGCUACGUCCUCACCUCCGCGUUGUUGCUCAAAUGCCCGACUCUUCUGCAUCGGAAGAAGAAAGAGAGGUUCCACAGUAAGCACAUUUCUCAUCGUGGAGGAGCAGCAGAGAACCUUGAGAACACAAUGGCGGCUUUCAAACACGCCGUGGCUCUUGGCACUGACAUGUUGGAGCUUGACUGCCACCUGACGAAGGAUGAGCAGGUUGUGGUGUCACAUGACCCACAUCUGCAGCGAGCAACUGGUAUUAAUGCCUACAUCUCUGACAUGGCAUAUGGGGAGUUGCCACCAUACCUCUGCAAGCUGGAUGUGACUUUUCAAAGGGAGUGUAUAUGCGAGGGGGGAGAGGACAAACGCAUUCCUCUGCUCAAGGAUGUUUUUGAAGCAUUUCCCAACACCCCUGUCAACAUUGACAUCAAGGUCAACAACGAUACACUCAUCAAGAAGGUUUCCGAGCUGGUUGUAAAAUAUGACAGAGAGCAUCUUACAGUAUGGGGCAACGCCAGCAACCAGAUAGUCAGGAAGUGUUACAAAGAGAACCCUCGCAUUCCUGUGUUGUUUAGCUUUCCCAGAGUGUUGCAGUUGUUGUGUCUCUUCUACACUGGUCUUCUCCCUUUUGUUCCUUUAAAGGAACAGUUCUUGGAGAUCCCAAUGCCCAAUAUUGUUAACAAACUUUAUGAUCCGAACAGAAUGAGCAAGAGUCAGCGCCUAUUCACCUGGCUUGCAGAUAACUUAUUGAUGAGGAAAGCGCUCUUCCAGCAUCUCACUGCUCGGGGAAUACAGGUGUACAUUUGGGUGCUGAACGAUGAAGAAGACUUCCAAAGGGCAUUUGACUUGGGAGCUACAGGGGUUAUGACAGAUUUUCCCACCAGGCUGAAAGACUUCUUGGAUCGGAAUGGCCUUUCCAAGCCUCAGUGACUUGUCUACAGCCACCUGAACGCUGCCAUAAAACGAGGAUAAUUGUGUUUGAGCACUGCACAUUUUUACACUAGCAAUACCAUUGAACGCAAAAAUUCAUUGAAGUUCGGUAUUAAAUCUCUACACACCUUUUAUGCCAUCGUUACAACCGCAGCUCGAUCAUUUUACUUGAAUGUAUUUGUAACGUUUGCAAUACUACUCAAGCAUUAGAUGUUGCACGCAAAAACACCGGCAGAUGGUGCUGCCAAUCACAAUUGACCUCCCAUUUUAUUUCAUGGGCAGAUGUUUUGUUUUUGGUUUCAUUUUAAAAUCUGGUUUCACGUUUGCACUGAUAACAGGACUGUCUUAACAGCUGCACUAAAAACUGUUUUCAGAGACAGGAAUGGCAGUCCUGACAAGAUUUGAUUUCAAUUAACUUGGUCAACAUGGCCAAUUCGGCAUUGAGCUGCCGUCAGACAGCAAGUGAGUAAAAACACUGGGAAGUUAAAUUUCACAUGUGCGAAAGGACAGUACUGCGGUAUUCUCUUGAAUGAAUAACAUAUUUCAAUUCAAGAGGCAUUUCCAUGUGCAAGAGCAUUUACAAGUUUCUUUUAAUGAGUUGCACUAUUGUCUUUGUCUUUUUUUUUCUGAAAAAAAAAUCGUAACAUUUUGUCAAGAGACCAGAACAUAAUGAUUGACUUUGCUAAAUAAAUGCGGAGAAACAAAAUAAGAAAUCAACGGGAGGAUGAUCAAACCACUAAUAUUCUCCAAUCCAGAUAGGCGACGAAGCACUUUGAGUCAUGAUUGAAUGUAAUGUUGAUGCGUUUUUGCCAUUUGGUGUUGUCAAUGAAAUUAGCUUUUAUAUUUGUGUAUUUAUUGAUUAGUACAUCUCCCCCCAGUCUUAUAGUCUACUUGCAUUGCAGAUCUUAAAGCAACUGAAAUUG